AUGACACAAAUACUCAUUUUCAUUUAUAAUUACAUUGAGCUGUUAUCUAUUGGACCAAAAUUUUUACAAGAAUAUAAUAAAAACACAACAAUUGGAAUCUUGGUGGCACCUUCAAAAGAAGGUUUUAGUAAAAAUCUUAUUGCAGAAUUGACAAAGGCAGGAGCAGCAGUCAUAGCAGCACCAAUUGCUCCAUUUGAUGAAGCAAGAAAAUUAGCGAGAAAAAAUGUCGAAACUUACGGAGCAUUUUUUUUAAUUCAUGUUAAUACACCACUGGAAUAUUGUAUUAAGACUGAUCGAAAAGGAGUUUACAAGAAAGCUCAAUCUGGUGAAAUCAAAGGAUUCACAGGUGUAGAUGAUCCAUAUGAGAAACCAAAUGAUGCAAAUAUUGUUGUUGACGUUAGUAAACAAGGCAUUAGUGAAAUUUGUCAUCAAAUCGUUUUACUACUUGAGAAAGAUGGGUAUAUCGGAGAAAAAUAA